AUGACGAGUGCACUCUUUUCCAAUCAAAUCGCGUUUGCUGACAAAGUGGAGAAGCAAUUGCUCACUCUUGUAGCUCUCAAGGAGCCUACCUGUGCAGAGAUAGAUGUCUUGAUCGCAAAGUAUCGUACAACAUGUGAGACAGUCCUUUUUGCAAAUCUUGCAGCAGCAGCAGAGAGUACAGAGUCUCGAUUAUGGAACGCUCAUGGCAUGAUCAAUAGCAAGUACCGCUCUCGCCUGGCAAAUUUCAGGGAUAAAGGGGGUAAGAAUAGAUCUGUGGAGCGACGGAAGCUCGAGAAGCGCUAUCUAGACUUCAUCAAGUCUAGCAUAAUAUUCUAUCGUGGACAUAUUCAGCAUCUGGCAUCGCAUUUCGAAGGUCCGAAAGAGGUUCUUGAGGUCGCAUAUAAACUUCAUAUAGAUACACUUUCUGCCGACCCCAUCAUUGUGCCAACUCAGCGGGAGAUACAGCUCAUUCUUGAGUCAUGUCAUGCCACUCUUGUCCGGCUUGGGGAUCUGUCUCGCUAUCGGGAGACGGAGCUAAAGACCAGAGAGCGAAAUUGGGCACCGGCUGUAGGUUAUUAUGACCUUGCAACCGCAAUGAAACCCUCCUCUGGUGCUUCGCACAACCAGUUGGCAGUUAUCGCUCGAGCGGAUGGUAGCCAUUUGAGGACGCUUUAUCACCUAUAUCGAGCGUUAAGCGUUGAAUUGCCUUACCCAAGAGCACAAAAGAACCUCGAGAUUGAGCUCAAGAAAAUCCUUGAUCGAAAGAACAAGAAUCAACUCUUUCUUCAACUACCAGAACAGUACCCUAGUAUUGUUCUUCAAGCUUUGUUUGUGUACCUACACGCGAAGCUUCAUGCUGGUGUUCACUUCUCGGAGCAUAUAGAGCUUGAAAACGAGGUCCUGGCAACCCUUUCGGUGGAGCUGAAAGACCGCCCACUAAACGGUGUGCUGAACAAGAUGGUCUUGAGCAGUGUUGCUGCACAGCAUCUUGCAAGCCUUCAGGCAGCAGGACCAGCUCAGAGGGGUCUCAAAGCUCAAGCACUUAUUUUCUUCGUGCGACUCAAUCUCAAAACGUUCUUAACCUUAUUACGAAUUUUUUUGCAAGAGCUGGAACAGGUCACCGUUGACGACGACAAUGUCGGUGAUGUUUCUCUACCAAAUGUUACUUCUGGCAAGCUUAGUACCGCUGCUCGACGCACCCUGCCAUGUCUCCGUCAGUACAGCAGCUGGUUGGUCUCAAAUGCUUCACAUCUCGUAGCCCUUGCAGACCACAAGUCUAUUGGUGUCCAAAUCAAAGAGUUUUGGCGUUUCUACGCUCGCGGGCUCACCCUCCUCGCGUCGACUUUUCGUAAGCCGAACUUCCCAGAUCUGCAUUACUUGCUUGAGGAGGAUGAAGAUACAAUUGCAUUUACUCCUUUCAUCAACCCGGAAACAUCAAGAAGAUAUUACCAGGCUGAUGGAGUAACGCGUCGUCCGAGAAGCCAUGAUGAGGGCGUCCAAAGACCCCACCCAAGCGUAGAAAUGCUCUUCCGUAUCAGGGGCCUGCUUGAGGACGGAAUCUCCUUGGCAACGAAGAAGGGUAACGGUAAUGGAGUCUCUGUACCUCUGAUGAUUCUUCACGAUAUGAGAUUUAAAUUCACAGGGAAAGAACUUCCGCUCCAGCCAACAUACCACAAAUCGCAUUCGCAUCCACACUUCUCUUUGAUCAUAAACCGUGGUGAUGUUGUUGAGCGAGCGAAGCAGAAGAGCAAGCCGGUGCCUAAUUCCAAUGCCCACCUUGAAGAUGCUUCCCAAUCUAUCAUACCGUGUGAAUCGGUAAGCACGACAAAGCACCCAAUCGUGGAUAACAUAGUAGCUUCCGACGUCUCUAGUCACCAAGAGCCGGGCUCAGCUUUCCCUCGAGUCUCGCAUGGAGAGCCACCACGUACUCCAACAGCCAACCGCAGCAGCUAUGGUGAUGGCUUUUACGGCCUACCAGCCUCUACUAGUGUACUGAUUGAGCCACACGAGAACAUCCGUCCGUCCCUCCCAAGCAUCAUGAACUCACUCUUUUCCCCUCGACCCGGUGAGGCUUCCUCUCCCCAGAGCCCACCCAGCACAGCACAUGGUCACCUACAAACCCCCGCCAGCAGCACCCCAAACACCCUCCAAUCCAGCAACACCCGCUUCCAAGCCUCCCUUCUCCGCCAACAGGCGGAGCUCGAAAUGCAACCCCAAUCCUCCAUCUACGACCUUUCCACCACGCCACUAUCACAAAACCCGAGCUCACCGGGCAACAAUCCCCGAUUCUACCUCAGUCGAGACAUGUCGCCGAUCCUUUCACCUUUUGCGAGUUCUCCGAGCAUUGUUCCGGAUGCGGCAAUGUUCCCGAGCUAUGAUGUGCCGAGACCGGUGCCGGAACGAUCGAGAUUUGGGGCUGCGGGGCAGACGCCGCCUAGUGGGCAGGGCGGGUGA